AUGACGUCGCCAAAGGCACUAGGACCCCGGUCCUCUGAGGCGACCCUUGCGGAAGCCACCCGGCCCAGCUCGAGUGAAGCACCAGCGUCGAACCUGAGCCCUCCCAAGACCGAGGCUUACCUGAGCGGCGAGAGUACCCGUGCGCCAACACCGACGGAGAAGGGGGACGAGAAUGAGAAGGAUCCAGAGAAAAGCGGCAGCGUCAAAGAGGAGGGUGCAGGGACGGAUGAGAUGGAGUAUCCCACCGGGUUGGCGUUUAGCUUCAUCGUUGUGGCCCUAGUGCUCAGCAUCUUUCUGGUUUCGCUUGAUAUGACCAUUGUUGCGACCGCUAUCCCCAGGAUCACAGACGAGUUUCAAGGUCUAGAAGACGUCGCCUGGUACGGUUCUGCCUUCUUUAUGACCGUAGGUGGCUUCCAGUCGACAUGGGGCAAAGUAUUCAAGUACUUCCCCCUGAAGAUCAGCUUCCUGAUCGCCAUCUUCAUCUUCGAGGUGGGGAGCUUGAUUUGCGGCGUUGCGCCCAACUCGACGGCCUUGAUCGUGGGACGUGCCAUCGCUGGUGUCGGCGCAGCUGGCAUUGGUUCGGGGGCUUACACCAUCAUUGCUUUCACGGCACCCCCCAAGAAGCGACCCAUGUUCACUGGCAUCAUCGGAACCGCAUACGGCAUCGCCGCCGUUGUCGGCCCCUUAAUUGGCGGCGCCUUUUCUGACCACGUCACUUGGCGGUGGUGCUUCUACAUCAACCUCCCCAUUGGCGGCAUCUCGGCCUUAAUCAUCACUUUUUUCUUCAAGGCCCCGAGCGGGGCCAAGCCGGUCGCGGCGCCCCUCAAGGAAAAGAUCCUCCAAAUGGACCCGGUUGGAACCGUGCUCGUCAUGGGCGGUGUCAUCUCGUACAUCUUGGCUCUCCAAUACGCCGGCCAGACAAUGGCAUGGAGCGACGCCACCGUCAUCGGCCUGAUCGUCGGUUUUGUCCUCAUCUUCGCUGCCUUUGGCGCGUGGGAGUACUGGAACGGCGAGCGGUCCAUGAUUGUGCCCCGCCUCUUCUUCCACCGUGACGUCUGGGUGUCGUCCGUCUUCAGCUUCCUCUUCGCGGGUGCUUACUUCAUCAUCAUCUACUAUCUGCCCAUCUACUUCCAGAGCAUCGGCAACACGAGCCCGACGGAGUCUGGCGUGCGCAAUCUGCCACUGAUCCUCUCCGUCACCGUGGCCACUGUCGCCUCGGGCGUCGGCAUUUCGAUUACGGGCAUCGCCGCCCCGGUGGCCGUCGGGGGUGCGGCUAUUGCCACUAUCGCCGCAGGCUUGCUCUACACACUCGACAUCGACACCGACACGGGGAAGUGGGUAGGCUACCAGAUCCUGGGCGGCUUCGCCUGGGGCGCUGCCUUCCAAGUCCCCAUCAUCAUUGGGCAGGGCACGUCUGCGCCAGACGACAUCUCGUCCGUCACGGCCAUCAUCCUUUUCUUCCAAACAGUUGGCGGCGCCUUCCAGGUCUCGGCCGCACAAUCGGCCUUUGUCAACACCAUGCUCAACCGGCUGCCGACGGUGGCGCCCACGGUCAACCCGAUGAAGGUGCUGGGCACCGGCGCGACCAUGAUCCGCGUCGUCUUCACGCCCGAGGAGGUGCCCGGCAUCCUGGUGGCCUACAUGGCGGGCAUUAAGGUUGCGCUGGCGAUUGCCAUCGGCGCGGCUGGUGUCGCGUUUAUGGUCAGCUUGUUUAGCAACUUCAGGCGGCUGAACACCGAGGCACUGAAGGGGGCUGGGUCGGCGGCGUAG